AUGAAGACACACUGGAACAAGGCGUCCAAAUUCAACGGUUUAAAAUCUAAGCGCAAGAAUGAGGUCAGUAAUACCUGUCCGGGAAACGCAAUUUACUCUUACAUUCGACAGGUUUGCAUAUCGUCCAUCGUGUUCUGCGUUAUACUAAUGCUGCGCCUGUGGGCGAAUUACUCCAACAAUCCCAUAGUGACGACCAUUUACACGUCGAAUCCGAUAUGGGACGUGCCUUUUCCGGCCGUCACCAUAUGCAACAAUAACAAAGUGUACCGCCCACACGCCGACCUUAUUGCAAGGAAUUUAUACACGAACGGAUUCACCGCGGAGGACAGCGACAAAUUUUUCUCGUCGCUAAUGAAGCUGAUACGACCCGAUAAGAUCUCGAUAGACAAUGUGACCGCGAGACAGCUCCUCGAUAAUCUCGAUGUAACGGUCGAAGAACUCAUGGAGCAGUUGAUGCAGCCUUGCAGCGCGUUGCUGUUGAGGUGCGCUUGGAUCGGUAAGAUUCACGAUUGCGGGAAGAUCUUCAAAACUGUCAGGUCGAGGGAGGGUUUCUGUUGCGCUUUCAAUUCUCAUUACGACCUAAACAUCAGACAAAUGCCCAACGACACGAGCUUGAAUGCCACCGACUUCAACGUCACCUCUGACGAGCUGCCGGGUGUGCGAAAAAUUCUGAACGUGCCCGGGAGCGGCCGCGACGUGGGACUCGCGGUCGCUUUGAACAUCGAGCCCCAUACGUACAAGGCUACCUCGCGUCCUUACGUAGGAGCCUCCAUCAUGAUACACGACCCAAUCGAUUUCCCCGAUAUCGGUGCACACAUCGCGUCCGUGCCACCCGGUCACGUCCUGGCGAUAUCCGUUUCCGGCACGUCCAUUAGAGGCAUGGAAAGUUUGCGGGGCAUUCCCCGAAAGAAACGUCUCUGCUAUUUCGACGACGAGGUAGCGAACGAGAUUCGUUACAGUCAUCAGUCGUGCUUAUCAGAGUGCAUAGCCAAGCGCAUAUAUCGUGUAUGCGGCUGCCUGCCGUUUUACUAUCCGGAGACGCAAUCAAUGCCAGAUUACGCGAAGAUGGGAACUUGCAGAAGGUGCCUGCCUCAGUGCUCCGAUAUGUUGUAUCAAAUCAACCCGGAAAGUGUAAAAAUGGAGGACGUGGGAUUCGAUUCCGAUCUAACGCACGGCUACGAUAUAAAUAAUGUGUCUUUCGUAUAUGUAUUUUUCGGUGACAAUUCGUACGUCGAGUACCGCAAGGAGAGCAUCCUCAGCUGGGAUUCGUUACUCGCAUCCUUCGGUGGUAUCUUCGGUCUCUGCCUCGGUGGUUCAGUGAUUAGCGUAAUAGAGCUGGUCUAUCUUCUGGCUAGGCAGCUCUACAGAAGACAGCUCCGCAAAAGCCAGGAACAAUCACGUACGAAAUUGCCCCCAGCGUCGGAAGUGUUCCUGUCGAUUCCCAUUAAAGAGAAUGUUCAGCAGCAGAAGCCGCGAGAUCGUUGGGGAUCGGGUGACAAGCAUGUUCUUGUCACGUGGUAUCAACCGUCUCUUCACCAUCGUAAAACAAUGAAUCUCGACGUGUCGCAUCGUGUAUCACGUUAAACGCGUUACAUUUUUAAGCGCAGUCUAUUUUCAUCGAGUCGACUUUUACGGUGAAGAUUGCUGAAAGACUUUCUAUAAUUA